UAGCUCUCAUAGUCUAUGGCUGACCCUAACUCACAGUUCAGCAUCGCUUCACACUUUAAUCAAACACCAUUUUACCUACCUCACCAACUGCAUGCAUCACAUCUUAGUCCAACACCAUUCCUAAGGAGGCUGCCCGAGUACCGAGAACCACCGCAAGCAAAAACAACGCCGGAAAUGGGGCCGUCGUCGAGCACCGGAGGAAGCGGGAAGCACUCGAAGUACCGUGGAGUGAGAAGCCGGAGUGGGAAAUGGGUAUCGGAGAUUCGUGAGCCGCGAAAGACCACUCGGAUUUGGUUGGGGACUUACCCGACCCCCGAGAUGGCAGCAGCGGCAUACGAUGCCGCUGCGCUUGCCUUGAGGAGCAGUGACGCGGUGCUCAACUUUCCGGCAUUCGCCGGGAGCUAUCCCGUCCCUGCGUCCUCUGACGGGGCGGAAAUAAGACGAGCCGCCGCACUCGCUGCCAGCAUGAUGAAACCGGAAGGGAGCGAAUGUGGGGCGGCUCGACGACUAGAAAGAAGUUGUGAGCAGACAUAUAACGCGGAGUACAUUGAUGAAGAAGAGUUGUUCGACAUGCACAAUUUGUUGGUGGACAUGGCCGGGGGAAUGAUGGUGAGCCCGCCGAGGAUGACGUCGUCUCCGCCGCCAGAAGAUAUGUCGGUUAUUACCGGAGCCGAGAGCCUUUGGAACUAUUGAUAUAUACUCCGUACGUAUAUGUACUAUACUCAUGAGACAGUGCAAUAAAUAAUGAUUAUAAGAUUAGGAAAAUAAGACAUGUUAUGUGGACGGUCGGAAUUAGAAAGGUAUAUCAAACCUCGGCUUAGGGUAGAUAGAGCUGCUUGGUAACAGCAUUUUAAGAAAUUGCUCUAAAUAGAAGUAAAUGAGGUUUUUGAAAUUUCAAAAUAGGACUAUUAUGUUUUUCUUUUCGAAAUAUGAGUUUUUAUUGUCAUGUAUGAAAAAUACUGACAUGAUUGAAAAUACUGUCAUUAAUUAUAAUAAAUAUUGUCAUGUUAAA